AUGACCACUGCGCCUCGCGACUCCUCCGGCGUUGACCAAGCCCUCGCGUACGAAGCCACCCACGUGCACGCUGUCUACGAGUCAAUUGCCUCGCAUUUCAGUUCGACGCGUUACAAGCCAUGGCCCGUAGUCGACUCUUUCCUGUGUGGUUUACCGCCUGGCUCCGUCGGCCUUGACGUUGGCUGCGGCAAUGGCAAGUACCUGAAUGUGAACAAGGAUGUCUUCAUCAUAGGAUCUGAUCGAUCCUCCAACCUUGUCGACCUCGCUUCGAAACACCAGACUUCACAACCCAACAAUGCUAUCAGGAACAGCUACCAAGAUGUCCUGGUCGCCGAUUCACUCAACCUUCCGCAUGCCGAUCAUGUCUUCGACUUCGCAAUCUGUAUUGCCGUGAUCCACCAUCUCUCCUCCUUCGAAAGAAGGGUCGCCGCCAUCCGGGCCAUAGUGGCAACCUUGAAGCAGAACGGCCCGAUUCCGUCCAACUCACCAAAUGAUGCGGAACACAUUGGCAGCAGAGGCAAGGGUGUAUCAACAGGCGAUAGCGACAGUCCAGAGCUUCCGACCUUUGCCCCAACCCUGAUCCCGGAGAAAGCAGACCAUGUAGAGGCAAAAUCAAACGGAAAGCUAGGAACCCGCCCUGUUGGCCUUCCUAGCAGGCAUGGUCCUGGCAACCAUAACGGUCAACAACAUCGCAGCCAAAGUAUCUCCGACAUUGGAGCAGCCUCAGGCGGCAACGAUAACAGUCGUGCUGCAAUCCCGGCAUUGGAUGAACCGAAGUUUUCGGAUGACGCAGCCGCAGAACCGAGAAGCAGUUCUCGUGCCGACAUAGGGGCUGCGCAGCAGCAGGAGUUUGAGAAGGAGCAGGAACAGGUUUCACGCACGGAGCACGCCACCCACCCGCCUGCCGUGCCUUCGUAUGACCGCACCGCGGCCGCAAGCAGGUACAACUCGCGCCACGUGCACAGGCGUGGGCCAGGCCAGGCUCUCCUCUUCGUCUGGGCUCUCGAGCAGCAAGCCUCGCGCCGCGGGUGGAAGGCCGGUGACGCGCAGGACGUGCUGGUCCCGUGGGUGCUGAAGGACAAGGACGGGGCUUCGAGAAAGGAGCCGGCAGGCAGUAACAGCAACAGCAGGAAAGGCAAAAGCAAAGGCAAAAGCAAAGUUACACGUACGAGGUCGAACUUGCAGAAACCCCAAGCAAAGCACGACGGCUAUGGUGAGAGUAUACCGCCAAAGCCAACGACAGGGACAGAGUCAGAGUCAAAUUUGACUUUGACUUCCCACACAGACUCAAACUCAACACUCGCGCAUACGCAGGGACGAGGUGGUCAGCAGGGAUGCGACGCCGGCAGUGAUUUUGACGGUGCUGCUAGCGGUAGUGCUGCUGAUGCUGCUGCUGCUGAGGACACAGACGCGACCUACACCGACAGAGUCUUCGAAUCCCCCACCAACAAUCAGCAUAAUCAGCACCAGCAGGAAAAGCAGGAAAGUCAGCAGGUCUUCAACCGCUACUACCACCUCUAUAGCCAGGGCGAGCUGGAGCGCGAGUGUGUCGCCGCGGGGGCGCAAGUGGUGCACAGCGGCUAUGAUCGGGAUAAUUGGUGGGUUGUUGUUGAACCUGGACCUGUCUCGACUGCUUGA